CAGUUUGGCAACGCCUUCUUCAUAUCCAUCAUGCGGUUCAACCAGCUACUUACUCUUAUGGCUUUUGCUUUUGCCACCCCUUCUCAAGCACAAUUUGAUAGGAAAACCUUAUCUGUGUCGGGUGGAUACCUAUAUUCAUACCAUUUCAACGCUCCCGAAGGCGAUAAACCCACAGUUCUUUUGCUUCAUGGCUUUCCAUCGUCGCUGUACGACUGGCGCAAGACUAUCCCAGAUCUUCGCGCUGCCGGUUACGGCGUGAUUGCUCCCGAUCUUCGCGCUGCCGGUUACGGCGUGAUUGCUCCCGAUCUGCUUGGUUUUGGAGAGACAAGCAAACCUGAGGCCGUCGAAGAAUAUGUCCUUUCCAAGCUCAGUGCGCAUGUUGCAGAGAUCCUCGAGCACGAAAAUUUGACAUCUGUAGUUGGUGUUGGUCAUGACUUUGGAGCCCCGUUGCUUUCACGAUUCUGGAAUUACUAUCCUCAGUAUCUCUCCAAACUCGCGUUCCUCGCUGCAACAUACCGAGCGCCGAUCCCAUGGGAUGUAGAAGCGAUGAACAAUGCAACAGAAGCGGCUUUCGGCUACCCAAUCUUUGGUUAUUGGUAUUUCAUGAACGAAACGACUGCCCCCGAAACCAUCAUCGAUCAUCACGAGUCAUUCUCGUCACUGAUCUGGGCUAGUGUGCCUGGGAUGUGGAGAACCCACGUUUGCCCCGUUGGAGCGCUCAAGAAUUGGGUCGAGACAGAUCAAAUUGCGCCCAAGCCCGAUUACCUCAGUGAUGAAGAGUACACUACCCAUAAAUCAAUAUUUGAAAAGGGCGGCUACAGAGGCCCCACCAAUCUAUAUAAAGCUGCACAGAGAAACAUCGACAGCCCCAAUGAUGCUAUGAUUCCUGCAAAGAAUGUCAUCGUUAACAAGCCGGUACUGUACGUUGCAGGAGGAAAUGAUGAUAUUGGCAGGCCAGAACUGGCAGUCAAAGCUGUAAGCGAUGGCGCGAACUCGGGCAUGGUCCCCAACGCGCAAGUCAAGAUCAUUGAAGGCUCGUAUCAUUGGAUACAAGUACAGAAACCGAAAGAGACAUUCGAGACGCUGGACGCUUUCAUCAAAGAAGCAUGA